GACCGGGAUAGAGACAGGGACACGGCCAUGGAUGCGGGCGAGGGGCGGCCGCAGCCCCACCUGGCCGCGCUGGUGCUGGCGCGGGGCGGCAGCAAGGGGAUCCCGCUGAAGAACAUCAAGCUGCUGGCGGGGGUGCCGCUCAUCGGCUGGGUGCUGCGAGCCGCCAUCGACGCCGGCGUCUUCCACAGCAUAUGGGUUUCCACAGACCACGAUGAGAUUGAGAAGGUUGCGAAGCAGUUUGGUGCCAAGGUCCAUCGCAGAAGCCCCGAAGUCUCUCAAGACUCCUCAACUUCUCUAGAAGCCAUCACAGAGUUUCUCAAUCACCAUCGUGAGGUUGAUAUUGUAGGAAAUAUUCAAGCAACAUCUCCCUGUUUACAUCCCAGUGACCUUAUAAAAGUGGCAGAUCUGAUCCAGAAGGAGGGGUUUGAUUCCGUCUUCUCUGUUGUGAGGCGGCAUCAAUUCAGAUGGAGUGAGGUAAAGAAAGGAGACAACAAGAUGACAGAACCUCAAAACCUGAAUCCAGCCAAGCGCUACCGGAGGCAAGACUGGCCUGGGGAGCUCUAUGAAAAUGGCUCAUUUUAUUUUGCCAAGAGACAUCUGAUUGAGAAAGGCUACUUGCAGGGAGGUAAAAUGGCCUACUAUGAAAUGCGUGCAGAGCACAGUGUGGAUAUUGACAUAGACAUUGACUGGCCUAUUGCAGAGCAGAGAGUGUUGAGCUUUGGAUAUUUUGGCAAAGAGCCACUAAAAGAGGUGAGGCUCUUGGUUUGCAGUAUUGAUGGAUGCCUGACCAAUGGUCGCAUUUACGUGACAGAAGAUCACAAGGAAAUGGUCUCCUAUGAUUACAGAGAUAUUGUUGGAAUUGAUCUGUUAAAGAAAAGAGGAAUCCAGGUUCGACUCAUCUCUGACAGAGAUUGUUCCAAAACACUGUCAGCCAUGCAGCUGGGAUGUGUAGCAAAAGUCAGUGUAACAAAUAAACUACAAGUUCUGAAGGACUGGCAGGAAGACAUGGGUUUGAGCUGGAAAGAGGUGGCUUACUUAGGAAAUGAGGAGUCUGACGUGGAGUGCCUGAAGCAGGCAGGCAUGAGUGGUGUGCCUGCUGAUGCCUGUGCUGCUGCUCAGAAGGCUGCUGGUUACAUCUGUAAGAGCAGAGGGGGCUGUGGAGCUGUGCGGGAGUUUGCAGAACACAUAUUCCUGCUCCUAGAGAAAGUGAACUCUGCAAGGAAGCAACUGGAAGAAAUCAGCUCAGCAGGGAAGGAAAUGGGGAGAAAUGAGAACAGCAGGAAAGGAAAUAAAGAACUGUUGGAAAAAGAGUAACACUGUUGGUCAAUCCUGCUUUUCUUCCUCAGUAUGUCCAUAUCCCAAAGGAAUGCUUAUCUUUCAAAUUUUACAGCACAGUAGAGUUUAAAAAGGUGUCUCCCUCUAAUUCCAGGUCACACAUUCAUGAUUAUAUGCUGAUCAUAUCCAUGAUGAUUUUAAAAGUCAUUUAAGUGAAAUGGGAGGAAAGCUACAAAAGAGUGCCCUGUAAAUCUACUCUUAAUCAUCACACCUGUCCUACAGGAAUGAUGCAUCUUUAUUUCAUAAUCUGAAUGUUUUCAGGGAUCAGUGAUUUUGCAUGACUUGAAGAUUUGUAAUUCAGGCUUGAAACCAAAACUUCUGUCAAUUUUGCUCAUGUGGUUUGCAUUUCUUUGAUCAAAUGCAUGGUGGUGUGGUUGUGUGAUUGCAUUUUACACGCUCUGUCCUCAACAAGGAAGAGUUUUAACAUAUGCUAGAGAGGUCAGGUGUAAAAUACUAUCAAUAAAACUUCCUCCUCUAUUUUAAAAAUAGAACACAAUUACUGUCAAACAAUUUAAUAUUUGUUUUAAAAAGCACUUUUGCAUGUGUUGAGUUUUAAGCUCAUAAAUAAUUAAAUCACUUUUGGAAUUGUGCCUCUUGGAA